UAGAAAAUUCCAGAGUUGUCCCUGGCAUUUUUAUUUGGUUGAGCUGGAAGAGUGAGAUAUUUUAGGAGUGAUUCACUCCCCUCCCUUUUUUCAGACCUCAAUUUUAUUUUAAACACAGAGCACAGCCUACCCAUUGAAUGCAGUGUUCUUUUCUAUAUCAACCAGGGUAUGCAAUGACUGUAGAUGUCACUGUAAAACAGAAGAACUCUUGAUUCUAAGUUAUUCGCUUAACUAGUAAGAUUUAAGUAAACAGAUAAUUGGAUCUGCUGUCUGUUAGUAUGGUAUCUGCUUGCUUCUGCUUUGUCCUUUGACAGACUAGAUAAAAAAUAGGAAACAGAUUUUACAGUGACCAUUCCCAACUAGUCAUUCAUUCAUUCAACAGGCAUUCAUUGUGCACUAUGUUUAUUUGGGGUGGUACUUCAGUACAUGGAGGCACAUCAGUGAACAUAGCUAAAAAUCCCUCUUAAGCGGGGUCAGACAGUAAACAGUAAACAUAAAUACAUGUAUAGAAUGUCAGAAGAUAAUCUGUGCUUUGAAAAAAUAGAGCGAUUGAUAAGGGGAAUCAGAAGUGCCGAAAUGGUGCCAGGAAAGGGUGAAGUUUUAAAUGAGGUUAGAACAUGCCUCCUUGAGAACGUGACAUUUGAAAGAGUGGAGGGAACUACCUGUGUAGAACUACCCUGGAAUAGAUAUGAGAGAGCAUCACAGGCAGAGAGAACCCCGUGGAAAGGCUUCAAGGUAGAAUACCUGGCUUGUUUGAGGAAGUGCAAGGAAGCCAACUUGGUUGGAACAAAGUGAAUGAGGGGGACAUCAAAAAGAGACAGGGUCAGGGAGGUGAGGGAUAAACCCUGUGGCCUUUGAGCAAGAUGGGGAACUUUUGGAGAGAUUUGAGCAGAGGACAAGAUUUGACAUAGUUUAUAAGAGCCACUUUGGCUUGUCCGUUGAGAGAGGGAAGGUGUGAAAGCAGGGAGACUGACCAGGAGGAUAAUACAAUAAUUCAGCUGAGAGAUGAUGAUGUUUUGACCAGGCUUGUAGCAGUGAAAGUGGUGAGUAGUGACCCAGUUUUCAUAUAUUUCGAAAAUAGUGUUUCCUCAGGAUUAGGUAUGGGAUAGGAGAGAAAGAGAGGGGUCAAAGAUGACUCUAAGGUUUUUGCCUGAUCAACUAGAAGAAUGGAAUUGCUUUCAGCUAAGAAAAGGAAGACAGGAAGGAGUAAGUUUGUAGAGGAAAAAUCAGAAGUUUAGUUUUGGACAUUAGAUAUCCCACUGGAGGUCUACUUCCAGUGGAGUUGUUGAGUAUCUGUGUAAUGCCAGUUGGAAGUCAGUAGGCAUCUGGGUGGACACUAAUAGGGCUUGCUCCAUCCAUACUUGUUUUCCCCUUAUCUUCAGAAGUUGUAAAAAAACCUUUUUUUCCUAGCCAACUGUUAGUGUAUUAAUUGGACUAUCUAUUAGUGUAGACAAGGACACCUUAUGUACAAUGGGUAAAAGGGCAUUGAGCCUGAGUAAGUAGCACUCAAAGUCAUUUCCAAAUGAAUGAGAUAACAUAAUCAUAGGUGCCGAAUUGGAGUCUUAGAUAAUUAAGCAUGCAGCUGUUAAAUGCAUCCCAUGUUGAAAAAUGGGACAGAAGUAAGGCUAUAAUUGACCUUGUGAUGAAGCAAAGGAUAAAAUAUUCCCCAGGAGUAAAUCAUUUACCCAUGUAAUGCAAUUGCAUUCUUUUAGAGCACUGGUAGACCAGUUGGUAAGCCAUAUCUCCUCCAAGGCAUUAAUGGAACUCUGUUUCAAAUACAGCAGGUCUUUGAAUAAUAUCAUUGUUUUGUUAUAACGUUGAUGAGGGAAAAAAAAUAGAUUUCUGUCUGGGGUCAAUGUCUGUGUGGGUUUUCUCUGGAUACCCUGGUUUCUUCUCACAUCCCAAAGAUGUGCAGUGACCCUAGGGGGAAUACCUUGCCUUCGUUCUCCUUUGAGGAUGUUGAGAUGGUGAGCAGCAGUUACAUGAGAAAAAAAAAUUCUCCCCAGAUGAGUGGUUCUCAAACUUUCCACUGCACAGAAUCUCCUAGAGGGCGCUUUAAAACAGAUUGCUGGGUCUUACCUCCCAACCAUUCUGAUAAAUACACUGUGGCAAAAUGCUUCCACCUCUUGCCAAAAUGAACACUGAAGAAAAAUGAAGAACGCCGAAGAACUCCAACGAAAAGUUGCAGAGCAGAAAUAGCCACACUCCUCAGGAGUCUGAUUCAUCCACAGCCAUCGAAAAAAGACCUCCAACUGGAGUUGAGCAGAAAUGUGGCUUACAGUUUUCCUCAAAUCAUUGUUGGGCUUCUGAGAAGGAGCUGGACCUUUGAAUGGACAAGCAGAUUACUGAUUUUUGCAUCAUGUUUGGAAAGAAAAAGAAAAAGAUUGAGAUAUCUGGCCCAUCCAACUUUGAACACAGGGUUCAUACUGGGUUUGAUCCGCAAGAACAGAAAUUUACCGGCCUGCCCCAGCAAUGGCACAGCCUGUUAGCAGACACUGCCAACAGGCCAAAGCCCAUGGUGGACCCUUCGUGCAUCACACCCAUCCAGCUGGCUCCCAUGAAGACAAUCGUUAGAGGAAACAAACCCUGCAAGGAAACCUCCAUCAAUGGCCUCCUGGAGGAUUUUGACAACAUCUCUGUGACUCGCUCCAAUUCCCUGAGGAAAGAAAGCCCGCCCACUCCGGACCAGGGAGCCUCCUGCCAUGGUCAAGGCCACCGGGAAGAAAAUGGCUUCAUCACCUUCUCACAGUAUUCAAGCGAAUCUGAUACCACUGCUGACUACACAACCGAAAAGUACAGAGAAAAGAGCCUCUAUGGAGAUGAUUUGGAUCCGUUUUAUAAAAGCAGCCAUGCGGCCAAGCAAAAUGGGCACGUAAUGAAAAUGAAACACGGGGAAACCUACUAUUCUGAGAUGAAGCCUUUGCAAUCCGAUAUUGCCAGAUUUCCCGUCGAUUAUCACACACAUUUAGACUCACUGAGCAAACCAAGUGAAUACAGUGACUUCAAGUGGGCGUACCAGAGGGCCUCCAGCAGCUCCCCGCUAGAUUACCCAUUCCAGUUUACGCCUUCUAGAACUGCAGGGACCCGCGGGUGCUCUAAGGAGAGCCUGGCGUACAGCGAAAGUGAAUGGGGCCCCAGCCUGGAUGACUAUGACAGGAGGCCAAAGUCAUCGUACCUGAAUCAGACGAGCCCCCAGCCUGCCAUGCGGCAGAGGUCCAGGUCGGGCUCGGGGCUCCAGGAACCGAUGAUGCCCUUCGGAGCAAGUGCAUUUAAAACCCACCCCCAAGGACACUCGUAUAACUCCUACACCUACCCUCGCUUGUCCGAGCCCACAAUGUGCAUUCCAAAGGUGGAUUAUGAUCGAGCACAGAUGGUCCUUAGCCCUCCACUGUCAGGGUCUGACACCUACCCCAGGGGCCCUGCCAAACUACCUCAAAGUCAAAGCAAAGCUGGUUAUUCCUCAAGUAGCCACCAGUACCCAUCUGGGUACCAGAAAGCCACCCUGUACCACCACCCCUCCCUACAGACCAGCUCGCAGUACAUCUCUACAGCUUCUUACCUGAGCUCCCUCAGCAUCUCAUCCAGCACCUACCCGCCACCCAGCUGGGGCUCCUCCUCAGACCAGCAGCCCUCCAGGGUGUCCCACGAACAGUUUCGGGCUGCACUGCAGUUGGUGGUCAGCCCAGGAGACCCCAGGGAAUACUUGGACAACUUUAUCAAAAUCGGGGAAGGCUCGACUGGCAUUGUAUGCAUCGCAACCGAAAAACACACAGGGAAACAAGUUGCAGUGAAGAAAAUGGACCUUCGAAAGCAGCAGCGACGAGAACUGCUUUUUAAUGAGGUUGUGAUAAUGCGGGAUUACCACCAUGACAAUGUGGUCGACAUGUACAAUAGCUACCUUGUCGGUGACGAGCUCUGGGUGGUCAUGGAAUUUCUAGAAGGUGGUGCCUUGACAGACAUCGUUACUCAUACCAGAAUGAAUGAAGAACAGAUAGCUACUGUGUGUCUGUCAGUUCUGAGAGCUCUCUCCUACCUUCACAAUCAAGGAGUGAUUCACAGGGACAUAAAGAGUGACUCCAUCCUCCUGACAAGUGACGGUCGGAUAAAGUUAUCUGACUUUGGUUUCUGUGCUCAAGUUUCCAAAGAGGUGCCGAAGAGGAAAUCGUUGGUUGGCACUCCCUACUGGAUGGCACCCGAGGUGAUUUCUAGGCUACCUUAUGGGACAGAGGUGGACAUCUGGUCCCUGGGGAUCAUGGUGAUAGAAAUGAUCGAUGGCGAGCCCCCCUACUUUAACGAGCCUCCCCUCCAGGCCAUGCGGAGGAUCCGGGACAGUUUACCUCCAAGAGUGAAGGACCUACACAAGGUGUCUUCAGUGCUCCGGGGAUUCCUAGACCUGAUGUUGGUGAGGGAGCCCUCUCAAAGAGCCACAGCCCAGGAACUCCUGGGACAUCCAUUCUUGAAACUGUCAGGUCCGCCAUCUUGCAUCGUUCCCCUCAUGAGACAAUACAGGCAUCACUGA